AAACCACUUCUGCAAGUGCUCAUGAUGUUUAAGACCAUAAGCUGAAAUCAUCCCUCAGUCAGUUGAUGGAUGCAGAGUCAGCCAAAGAGGCCUCCGAAAUUAUAUCCAAGUACAAGUUAAAUACCAUUCUUGAGCUAGCAGGAUGCCCUCACACUUUUGAAUCUGUAAAUGAUAUCAAAGCAGUUGUAAACAAAAUUGCACAUUGGUAUACAUUAGGAAGGGUGUAUGUGGCUAUUCAACAGCUUAAGGAAGGACUAAGUGUUUUGGGUGUUCUGGAGUCAAUGAAAUCCCAUCCUUCUGUUUUUAGUGAGGUAUUUCAAUAUCGCCCUUUAAAUGUGUCCAAAGAAACAAUCACAGAAAUAGUAUCURUUUUAUUGAGUGAAGAAGGGUCUAGUAAAAGACACAUUGAAAACCAGAUCAUGUCAUAUUGGGGCGAUUUUGUCCAAGACAUUGAAGAGGGAGAAACAUAGAUUUCUUUUGAAGAUUUAUUUUUUUUCUGCACAGGUUGUAAGAAACCUCCACCAAUAGGUUUACACAUUUCCAUUGCAUUUCUUCACAACCCAGAAACCAAUGGAGAGCUUUCUAAGUUCCCCAAGACAAAUACCUGCAGUUACAUUUUGUCAUUGCCAGUCAUUUAA